AUGACUGCAUUCAUAGUUAAUCACCAUUCGCAGUCCAGGUUAACUUGCACCAAUCUUAGCCCCGCCCCUCCCCAACCCUUCGGAAUUUCUUGGCUAGCUGCCCGUAUGUUUAUUGGCUGAACGCUUUGCAGGAGGCGGGGCUGCAAUGAACAGUACGAGGGAAGUAUAAAUAGAAGUAGCAAAAUAAUUGUUGAAUGGUCGCAGGUUGGUUACUUUUUGGUGCACGGAGCAAAGGACAGCAAAGUAUCUAUAAACGAACUCAAAAAUCGUCGUGACGUUUUCACCAUAUAUCUAUUUCUUAUGUAAUUCUUUAAAUUUCACAGCGGACGGCUUAACUGACGGCCCAUCUAUAACAGUCAUAAAAAUAGUUAGAAAUUAACUAGAACGCAGACAGUCGUCAAAUCUAUUUUUAUAGACAUCACCACACAGGAUGAAGAACUUUUUUUACUUCGUUGUUUCUGCAGUGGGGACUGUCAGUUUGGUGUGCGCAGGAUGUCCCGCAGUAUGUGACUGUCCUGCGGGGGCCCCCGUUUGCCUGCCGGGCGUGAGCACGGUGCCGGAUGGCUGCGGCUGCUGUAAGGUGUGCGCCGCGCAGCUGAACGAGGACUGCCAUGCCACGCAGCCGUGCGACCACCACAAGGGCCUGGAGUGCAACUAUGGGAACGACAUCGCUCACGACCGAGGCAUCUGCAGGGCAAAGCAGGAGGGCCGCACGUGCGAGUACAGCGGUAGGAUAUACCAGAGCGGGGAGAGUUUCCACGCCGGCUGCCAGCACCAGUGCACUUGUGUGGAUGGGGCGGUGGGUUGUGCCCCGCUCUGCCCCGCCCACCUGCUCCUUGCCACGCCCUCCUGCCCCACCCCACGCCUCAUCAGAGUGCCAGGCCAGUGUUGCCCCAGGCUGGACUGCCACAAGGGGAAGCCAGACCAGUCCUUGAUGCACCAGCACCCAUACAAACCAGAAAACAGUGUCGAGAACGAGCUGUUGGCAACUGGAAAGAAAUGGGACAAGAAACGGGAGCACAAGCAUCUGGCCGCGUCGUGGCUGCAGGUAGCGAGGGAGUGCAUCAUUCAGACCACAAAGUGGUCCCCUUGUUCACGUAGCUGUGGGAUGGGCGUGUCCUCGCGCGUCACCAACAACAACAGGAAGUGCAAACUGGUGAAGGAGACGCGUCUGUGCAACAUCCGGCCCUGCGGCUCCGUGCCUGGACCCCUAAAGAAAGGGAGGAAGUGUUCCCGCACGCACAAGCCGCCGGAGCCGCUGCGUCUGUCGUACGCCGGCUGCCGUAGUGCCCACCUCUACCAACCCAACUAUUGCGGCACGUGCGUGGAGGGCCACUGCUGCUCCCCACGGCGCUCGCGCACCGUCACCGUGCUCUUCGUGUGCUCCGACGGAGAGCGCUUCCGGAAGGCGGUCAUGUUCGUGCGCUCCUGCAAGUGCGGCGUGCCGUGCGAGCCCCUGAACGAGGCCGCCAUGGUGCCACGGCGCUGGCUCCACGGGGACAUGCACAAUUUCGCCGACUAGCGCUACCCACAGGGUACAGUAGCUAUAGUCGGACCAUUUCUGCACAGUGGGGCCAAGGCGUGGAGGUCCCUCACCCAUUAGAACCGUCUCAUGACAGACGGUUGACUCUGUUGUAGAAAACAUUUCUGUAGGUCCACCAUGAAUCGUCGGUGGAAAUGGCAAGUUGUUUGACAGAAGACGGGCAAGACCCAUAUGUCAGCCACGUCUGACAGAAAUCGGCUCGUCACGAUUAUCCCAAAGUCAACUGGAUUAGCAGAUGUAUUGAUUGUCGGAUUGGGCCAUCUUGGUCCAGACGUUGAUGGUCAGACUUCCUGGAACAUUUCCUGGGAGUUCGUAAGGCUGACAACAGCUCACAUGGCUGAACUUGAUCUGUAUGAAUGAGGUGAACCGAAGACCGACCUGGAUAUCAGGGCCUUCCACCGUUAAUAGACUAGGAAAAAAAGUUAACAUUGAUUGAAAGCACAAACUGACAAGCCUGAACAGGCUGAAAAAUCAGAAAAAUCGAGGAGGGAAACCCUGCCAGUCACCGACUGAAAUGGUUGUUCUUGCACUAUUUACGCUUGGCAUCAACUUGAAAUCAAGAAAAGAUGGACGACAGGCCACAAAAGAACUAGUUUGUAUUCCCAUAGUGUCAGAGAUGGUUUUGGAGAGGAACCAUUGCUGGUACCCAGGACAGGAAUCAGGCCUAAUGGUAUGUGAAUCUCUAGUGGCACAUUGGUGCUCUCCAUAUGGUCCAGCCUUUGGCCUGCUGGAUACAAGCUGAGAAACGUUUACCAAUUACGGGGCAGUAAGCUUGAAGCCAAGGUUGGAUCGUUACCCCUCGGCCAAUUCGCCAGUCAGGCCUCAAUAGUUUCUGUUCUGGGAGAGCCAAGAUUCCACUGAGCUAUAAAAGCCAAGCCAAACUGGGGGGGAGGGGCAUAGCCUGAUCCUGCUGGGUGGGUCGGACCAUUCUUAGUAUUGUGUAAUGAGGGGAGGGGUGUAGGGUCCAGACCCAGAUUCUCUGGAUGCAGAAGUUCCUCUGUACAUGGAAUUGACCCUGAGGGAUCCUGAUCAGUGUUUGGUUUAUUCUGGGGUGUGGGGACACAUGUUAUUACAGUUCCACAUGCAUUCUUUUAAGUAGCUGCAUCUUUAAAAUUUCACCCUAAGGCCAUUGAUUUUUGGUUCCGUAAAGUGUCUUGAUAUGAUUUUAUCGAUCCUUAAAAGUUUUAGGAAAAGUUGCUGCCCUGAUGCAGCAAAUAAAACUGCUUUGUUCAGAGGCACUUCCCAGCACAUUUAACUGGCUUCUGUAACAAAUGCUUUUCCUUGUUUA